AUGGCCCAGAAAAAGAAAAAAACACCAAGAACUGAGGAAACCGAAGAGGCGGAUGAUGACGUUGCGGAGAAGCCUCAAAAGCCGAAGGAGAGGAGCAGGUCAGCUGCAAACGGAGAAGUUGCCGACAGGAAGAAGAAGAAGAGGUCCAAAAGUGCGGAGGAGCCUGAGGCGGCGGAGACUCCGGAACCUGACGUGAAAAAGAGCAGGAGAAAAAGAGAAACCAGCGCAAAGCCGAAGGAGAGGAAAAAGAAGAAAAAGGAGCAAGAGGAGGAGGACCCGGGGCAUGGUGAUGAAGUGAUUCAUGAUGAGGAAGGAAUUCAAGAAGAGCAGAACAACAAUGACCCAAAAUCUAAGGACAAGAAAAAGAAAGCAGAGAAGCUGGUCGAAGAAGAAGAAGUGAUUGUAGUUAUCAAAGAGGACAAGAAGAAGAAGACGAAAAAGAAGUCCGCAGACAGAGAUCACGAAGAAGACAUGGGGUCUAAGGACAAGAAGUCCAAAGAUGGUGGCAAGAAGCACAAGAAAAAGCACACUGAGGAGGACGAGGAACAGCUUCUAGAGGUGGAGGAGGAGGAAGAUGACUCGAAGAAGAAGAAGAAAGGCAAGAAGACCAAGAAAGGGUCAGCGGACAGUGACGAGGACAAGAAGAAGGGGAAGGGCAAGAAGUCCAAAGCAAAGCAGAUUGACUAUGCCGAGAUUUAUCACAAUGAGCUGUUGAACUACCACACCGAGUCCUCUGACGGGUAUGAGGACGAGUAUCACAAGAGAAAAGUGUAUGAAGUGGUAACGGUCACCGGUGAUGUCCGAGGGGCAGGCACAGAUGCUAAUGUCUUUGUCACUCUGUUUGGAGAAUAUGGCAUCACUCCCAAGGUGCACCUGGCCAGCAAAAGCCGAACGGCAUUCGAGAAGAACAAAACUGACGUGUUCCGAAUCAAAACACACAAUGUGGGACCGAUUAAAAAGCUGAGGAUUGAGCAUGACAACACGGGCAUGAACGCCAGCUGGUUCCUGGAUCGGGUUGUGGUGACCGACAUGAACAGGCCCCACCUCCGUUUCUAUUUCCCCUGCAACAAUUGGCUGAGCAAGGAGGAGGGGGACGGGCUGUACGUGCGUGACCUGCUGGGGAGCCUCAACCCCAUGGAUGUGCCCAAACUCAACAAAUACAUUGUGAGUGUCUUCACUGCUGAUGUGAAAGGCAGUGGAACAGACGCCGAUGUCUUCCUGAAUAUUUUUGGAGAGAAUGGAGACACAGGGGAGAGAAGACUUGACAAUGACAAGGACAAUUUUGAGCGGGGGACAGAAGACAAGUUUAUUAUCGAGGCCCCCAACCUUGGGAGGCUGAGAAAAAUCACCAUUGGCCACAACAACAAAGGUUCCUCUGCAGGCUGGUGUCUGGACAAGGUGGUCGUGGAUGACUUGGGAAACAAGGCCGUGUACGAAUUCCCAGUGAACCGCUGGUUUGCCAUGGAUGAGGAUGAUGGGAAGAUCCAAAGGGACGUGCUGGUGGGGGGCAGUCAGCCCACAGGCAUUGUGUACAAUAUCCAGGUGAUGACGGGGGACAUCCGGGGUGCUGGCACCAACUCCAAGAUCCACAUCCUGUUGCACGGCUUCAAGGGCCUGAAGAACAGCGGGAAGGUGUUCCUGGAGGGCGGCCAAUUCGAGCGCGGCCUCAUCGACAUCUUCAAUGUGGAGAUCGCCACCCUGCUCAGCCCGCUCAGCCGCGUCACCAUCGGCCACGACAACUGCGGCGUCAGCUCCGGCUGGUACUGCGAGAAGGUCAUAGUGUACUGUCCCUUCACGGGGAUAGAGCAGACGUUCCCCUGUGGCAAGUGGCUGGACGAGGACGAGGGGGACGGGCUGAUCGAGAGGGAGCUCUAUGAGAUGGUCUCACUAAGGCAGAAAAAGCAUAAGAAAUAUCCCUGGUCCCUGUGGAUCUGGACCUCAGAUGUGAAGGGUGCAGGGACCGAUGCCCAGGUCUUCCUACAGAUUUAUGGGGAGAAGGGGAAGUCUGACGAAAUGAGGUUGGAAAACAACUCUGACAGCUUUGAGCAGGGCCAGUUAGAUAAGUUCAUGAUUGAAAUGCCAGAUUUGGGGAAGCUACUGAAACUACGUAUUUGGCAUGAAAAGAGGCACCCUUUUGCAGGCUGGCAUUUGGACAGGGUCACAGCGAUGAACGCAUUGACGAAGGAGAAGUACUCGUUCAGCUGCGGCCGCUGGUUGGACAUUAAUGAGGACGACAAUGAGAUCAUUAGAGAGCUUCCUGCCACAGGACCCACCGUUCCUGAACCUCUGCCACUGAUAAAGUACCGCAUCACCAUCUACACUGGGACUGUCAGUGGCAGUGGAACAGACGCCAGCGUCUUCCUCUGCCUGAUUGGGGACUUGGGGGACACCGGAGAACGCCUCAUGGUCGCCAGCAAGAACAACGUCAAUAAGUUUGAAAAGGGGAAUGCAGAUGAGUUCCUCAUUGAGGCCGUGUCGCUGGGCCAAGUGCGGAGGGUGCGGAUUGGGCAUGACGGGCGGGGCGGGGGCUGUGGCUGGUUCCUGGACAAAGUGGCGGUGAGAGAGGAGGGCCAGCCCGAAUCCCAGGCCGUGGAGUUCCCCUGUUACCGGUGGCUUGACCAAAAUGAGGAUGACGGGCAGAUCAUUCGGGAGCUGGUGCCACUAGGGGACGGACAGCGUCUUCACAACAUCAGCUACCACAUUGCAGUGAAGACUGGCAGCAUCAAUGGAGCCAGCUCUGACUCCAAAGUCUUCGUCAAGCUGUAUGGUGAGAAGGGCGACACCGGCAGGAUGAUGCUGGUAGUCUCUGACAAUGACUUGCGCAACUAUUUCGAGACUGGACGGGUUGACGUCUUCACCAUUGAAACCUUUGAUAUCGGAAAAAUCAACCGUCUCUUGAUCGGACACAACAAUGAGGGCUUAAGGGCUGGCUGGUUCCUGGACAGUGUGCAGAUCAUGGUUCCUGUCCACGGAAAACAGUACAUGUUCCCCAGCCACCGCUGGCUCUGUAAGGAUGAGGCAGACGGGAAGGUGGAGGUGGAGAUCUACCCCAGUGAGAUUCUGGACAUCGAAAAAUUGAUUAAUUAUGAGAUAACAGUGAUCACUGGCAAUGUUCGAGCAGCUGGCACAAAUGCCAACGUCUUCAUUCAGAUUUAUGGGGAUGAAGGGAAAUCUGAGGUCAUCCCUUUGAAGAGCAGAUCAAACAACUUUGAGCGGGGAACCACAGAGAUAUUUAAGAUCGAAGCCAUGGACGUGGGAAAGAUCUUCAAGAUCCGGUUAGGCCACGACGGGUCAGGCAUCGGUGACGGCUGGUUCGUGGACAAGGUGGACAUCAAGCGCCUGAGCAUGUCCAUGGUGCAGAAGGAGACCGCCAAGAAGGAGGACAAGAAGGACAAGAAGAAGAAGAAAAAGAAAAAGGAGGAGGAUGAGGAGGAGGAGCCGCCACAGAUGGAGCUGCAGGAGGUGGUGGAGACCUACACCUUUCCCUGUGAGCGCUGGUUGGCUCGGGAUGAGGAGGAUGGCGAGCUGGUGGUGGAGCUCCUCCCUGAAGAUGGAGGAGACUUAGAAGAGAACACAUAUGAGGUUCAUGUUUUCACGGGAACCAUGUGGGGAGCCGGCACUGAUGCCAACGUCUACAUCAACAUUUACGGUGAAGUUGGCGACACGGGAGAACGACGUUUGAAGAAAUCUAACCACCUCAAUAAGUUUGAGAAAGGGCAGGAGGAUGUCUUCACCAUUUCUGCAAUCGAUCUGGGGCCGCUGAAGAAGCUGCGGAUUCGCCACGACAACACCCAGGCAAACUCCGCCUGGUUCCUGGACCGAGUGGAGAUUGUGGACAGCAAGGACGAUACCACGUACUACUUCCCUUGUAAGCGCUGGUUGGCCAUUGACGAGGAUGAUGGACAGAUUGCCAGGGAGCUUGUGCCGGUCGAUGAAGCUUUCAUGAAGAAGAAUGAUGAAGAUGAGGAAGACUCUGCAGCUACACUGGGACUUGAGCAGAAGGCCAUGUCAACAACGUACACACUCAGAGUCAAGACAGGAGAGAAGAAGUAUGCUGGCACAGAUGCCAAUGUCUUUGCCAUUUUGUAUGGCACAAAGGAUGACACAGGAAUAAUAAACCUGAAGGCCUCUAAGACUCACAAGAACAAGUUUGAGCAGGGGAUGAUUGACGAGUUCACCGUGGAGGCUGUGGACCUUGGUGUGCUGAAGAAACUGUGCAUCGGGCAUGACAACUCAGGGGGCUCGGCAGGCUGGUUUCUGGACUGGGUGGAGAUCGACGCCCCCUCCAUGGGUCAGAAGCUGCGCUUCCCCUGCGGGCGCUGGCUGGACACAGGGGAGGACGACGGAGCCAUCGUCAGGGACCUGUACCCCGCCGAGCUCCAGACCGAGCUGUACAUCCCAUUUGUGCCCUAUGAAAUUAAAACAUUCACAAGUGACGUCUUUGGGGCGGGAACUGACGCAGACGUUUUCAUCGUCCUGUAUGGGCAGGACGGGGUCUGCACCCAGCAGAAGUCUCUCUGCGUCAACAAGAGAGAGAGGCGCAUGUACUUCGAGAGGGGCGCAGAGGACAUGUUCAUUGUGGAGUUGGAGGACGUGGGUGAUGUCAUUGAGAAAAUCCGGAUUGGACAUGACAACCGGGGGAUAAACCCAGGCUGGCACUUAGACAGAGUUGAGAUCAGAAGACUUCUGAGAAAGGGAAAGGGCUCGGAGACCGUCAUCUUCCCCUGCGAACGCUGGCUAGCUAAGUCUGAGGAUGACGGUGAGACGGUGAGAGAGCUGGUGCCCUCAGACAUCAUCCAGGAGAAGCUGCUCCGAGACGGAUCGCUCAAGGUCACCGAGACCGAGGUGGAGGACGCUCUCGAGACUCAUACUUACAAGGUGUCUGUGAUGACGGGCGAUGUGUAUGGGGCGGGUACCGAUGCAAACGUGUUCCUCACCAUCUAUGGAGACCUGGGAGACACGGGGGAACGAAAGCUCAGCAAGUCUGAGAACAACAGCAACAAGUUCGAGAGAGGAUCGGUGGACAAGUUCAGCAUCGAAGCUGUGGACCUUGGCCAGGUCUUCAAGAUUAAGAUUCGCCAUGACAACACCAUGGUGAGCCCGGACUGGUACCUGGACCAGGUGGAGGUGGUCAACGUGGAGAUGGAAGAAGUCUACCUGUUCCUAUGUGAGCGCUGGCUGUCCAAAAAGAAGGAGGACAAACUUAUCGAGAGGUUCUUUUAUGUCAAGGGAUAUGAGGGAGUGAGAGAGAGCCUUCACAGCUCAAAGAAGAGUCUGAAGGAUUCGUCAAUGAAUGUUAAGAGUCUGGACAACAACAUGAACAAGAAGAACAAGAAGAACAAGGAUGAGGAUGAAGAUGUUGAGGAUGUCCCCUUCAUCCCGUACCACAUGACGGUGUCCACUGGUGUGGAGCGCGAUGCCAGCACUACGAGUCGGGUCUACGUCAUCAUCAUGGGGCCCCACCAGGCCCAGACGGACCGGCUCUGGCUGGACCUGCCUGAGGAGAAGAAAUGCUUCGCUGCCGGGUCGCUGGAGAAGUUUGAGGUCUACGGCGCCGACGUGGGAGAGAUCAAGAAAGUGGAGCUGGGACAUGAUGGGGCCACGCCUGAGAGCUGCUGGCUGGUGGACGAGCUGUCUGUAGCCGUGCCCACCAGAGGGAUCAUGUAUGUCUUCCAUUGCAAGUGCUGGUUGGCCAAAGACCGGGGCGACGGGCUGACGGCGCGAAUGUUCAACGUGCUGGAUGCAGACACCAUCACCAUCACACAGAAGAUCAUCUAUGAGAUCACAGUUGUCACAGGGGAUGUCCAGAAUGCUGGGACCGAUACCAAGAUCUACCUGUCUGUGUUUGGGGCCAAUGGGAGCACAGAGGAGAUGCUGCUUCAGAAGAAUGAGGACAGGUUCGAAAGAGGCCAAGAGGACACCUUCAGUCUGGAGGUCGAUGACAUCGCCCCACUGAAAAAGAUGAGGGUGCGCAUUGAUGGGUCUGGAAGCCGUCCCGAUUGGUUCCUUGACAAGGUUAUCAUGCGGAAUCUGACCACGGAGGAGGUGUCUGUGUUCACCUACGAGGGAUGGCUGUCCAAGACCAAGGGGCCUAAGAGGACCAUGAUCUGCGAGAUGCCGGCAGUGGUGGAUGACGAGGAAAUGGUGGAGCACACCACUUACAUCAUCCAUGUCAAAACUAGUGAUGUCACAGCGGCGGGUACGGACGCCAACGUGUUCCUCAUCGUGUUUGGGGAGAACGGGGACACGGGCACCCUGGCGCUGAAGGAGUGCAACAACACCAACAAGUUCGAGCGGAAGCAGACGGACGUCUUCCGCUUCCCGGACGUCCUCAGCCUGGGGGACCUGUCCAAAGUCCGAGUGUGGCACGACAACACAGGCCCAGCUCCAGGCUGGCACUUGGAGCACGUUGAUGUGAAGGAUGAAAUGCUGGAUAAAACAUUCCGCUUCCCCUGCGACCGCUGGCUGGCCAAAAAUGAGGACGACGGACAGAUCAUGCGAGAGCUGCCCUGUGCCAACAAUGACAUCCUAGACCUCAACGAAAAGACGAAGUAUGAAAUUAUCACCACAACGGCUGACACAGACGAUGCAGAAACCAAGGAAAAUGUCUGGAUCGCACUUGAGGGGAGGAAGGGACGUUCAAAGGAAUUUGUAAUGGAGAAUUCUUCUAAGAAGAAGAGGUUCUUACGUGGGAGCAUUGAUAAAUUCGAGUUUUCCUCCAAAAACCUGGGUGAAAUUGCUGGCAUCUGCCUUGGGCACACUCCAAAAGAUGGCAAAAAGGUUAAGGGCGAGGCCUUCUGGCACGUGGAGGAGGUUGUUGUGACAGAGAAAGAGCUAGGAAACAAGUUUAUUUUCCGCUGCAACGCGCAGAUACCCCUCUCGGCCAAGAGGGACGAGUUCAUGACCUUCGAGUGCACCAAGGCCAUGGAGAGCUUCGCCAGCAAGGCCCGCAGCCUGGUCCCGGUCAAGUACGAGAUCAUCGUCAUCACGGCCGACGAGAAAGGCGCCGGCACCGAUGCCAACGUCUUCAUCACCAUCUACGGCUCCAACGGGGACUCGGGCAAGCGGCAGCUGCGGCAGAAGUUCCGGAACCUGUUCGAGCGCGGCCGCACCGACCGCUUCCUGCUGGAGAUGCUGGACAUGGGCGAGCUGCUGAGGGUCAAGGUGGAGCACGACAACUCCGGCAUCAGCGCCGGCUGGCUGCUGGACCGCGUGGAGGUCACCAACACCGCCAACGGGGUCACCACCAUUUUCCUGUGUGGAAAGUGGCUGGAUACCAAGCGGUCAGAUGGCCAGAUCAAAAGAGUGCUCUACCCUAAGUACUGA